GGUAGAAAUGGAGCUGACGGUCGACUGCAUGAUUCAUUUUCUUAAACGCAAGAGCUUUUAGAGAUGCGUUGCCAUGACAGAACGUAACAGACUAAUAAAAAUAUAAACAUUUUCCUCAAUUGUGUCUCAAAUUCACAAUUUUUACUUCCUUAUUCCGCAUCAGCUGAAGUACCGCCGAGGAACCGUAACUGGGAGGAGACGACCCCCUUCUGUGCAAGAUGAUGGCCCUUUUAAGUAAACCGUCAUGUCUGGCAAAAAUAAGUGCUAUUUGCCUUGCCGUCACUUUUAUUGCAUUAUCUAUAUAUUUUGAGUCACAGUCUCCUUUUUGUCCAUCUACGUCUACAUUUGCUGAUGAACUAACUUCUGAAGGCACAGUUCCCACUGAAAAGCCCAUCGUCCUGCUGUGGUUCUGGCCUCUUGGUGUGAAGUUUGAUUUCAAAAUCUGCUCAACCUACUUCAACAUUAGUAGCUGCAUACUGACUGAUGAUAGAUCCAUGUACAGCAGAGCAGAAGGAGUCAUUAUCUUCCAUAGAGAUAUCGACUGGCAAUUGAAUAACCUUCCCAAGGACCCACGUCCAUCUUUUCAGAAAUGGAUUUGGUUUCACGUGGAAUCUCCGACAAACACACUGAAGAUACUAGGUUUGGAAAACCUGUUCAACUUAACACUGAGCUACAGACGAGACGCCGACAUUGUGGUGAGGAAUGAGGUGACUAUCAAGAAAGAAGAGAUGAAGGACGUCUUUGUUCUGCCCAAGAAAGACAAACUGUUGUGUUGGAUUGUCAGUAACAAUGUUGCGAGCACUGGAACAAGUACAAGAGAGAAAUAUUACAAUGAACUGUCCAAACAUAUAAAGAUUGAACUGUUUGGUUCUGCACAUACAGGGCGUCGGUUGAGCUAUGAAGACUAUUACCCAACCCUUGCUAGUUGUAAGUUUUACCUCUCAUUUGAGAACUCGCUCCACAAGGACUACUUUGUAGAAAAGGUAAACGGGCCCCUCGUUGCAGGGUCGGUCCCUGUAGUUAUGGGUCCACCAAGAGAAAACUAUGAGCAGUUUAUUCCCAAUGGCUCCUUCAUUCACAUCAAUGACUUCCCUGACGCAAAAUCACUGGCAGAGUUUCUACAGCAGCUGGACAAGGAUGAUAAAGCAUACAUGGGUUAUUUUGAGUGGAGAAAGUAUUAUAAAGUGGUGCCUCAUCUUUUGUCAAUGCAGAAUGAAUUCAUUCAUCCCAUCUGUCUCGCCUGUGACCACAUUUCAAAAGACAAGGAGUACCAUGUAGUUAAUGACCUUUAUGAGUGGUACUUUACAUGAAAACUGCUGUGACAUCAUUUUGUUAGAAGUUAUUAGGCAGUGAAGACACUGAAUAUCUCAGGGUUCUUG